AUGGCAGACCAACUGACGGAAGAGCAAAUCGAGGAGUUUCGUGAGGCAUUUGCCCUAUUCGCUGGCGACCGGACACCUGAGCAGGAGGCGGAGAUUAUGCAGUGGCAGGAGCACUGCAACGCCAUCCGCGCAGCGAAGGGUGAAGAGGAUCGAUCCGUUGAGGCUUUGCGCCGUUCCCUGGCGAGCGGUGGCCUUGCAGGAGUUGGAGAGGGCGACGAGCCAGUUCUGCUACCGCUGACGGCCUUCGAAGUGGAUCUCGAGGUGCUGGACCAGUCCGUGCUGGCCACCUACACACAAACCUUUGCCAAUCCGUCUCAUGAUUCACUGGAAGUGACCUAUUCCUUCCCAGUGCGACCGGCCGCCUCCAUCGCAGGCAUGCAGGCUGAGGUAGAUGGGCGACUGAUCGUGGGUCGUGUAGUGGAGAAGGCCGCUGCUCGCGAACAGUAUGAAGAGGCGCGGGCACAGCGGAAGGCCGUGACUCUUCUCGAGAAGGCCACUGGAGAUGUGAUGAGGCUGAGCAUCGGGCAGAUCUCGCCGGAAAGCCAGGUAGUGGUUCGGGUGCAGCUGAUCUGGGAGCUGAGUCAUCUCGGAGGCCGUCGCUCACAACGGGAUGCGUUUUUGUAA